UGGGGAGCUACUCACUAUAUCUAUAUAUAUAGGCUCACAUCACAACGCUAUCCACCGAAGUCAGUUCUCUCAUAUUUUCUGCUAAAAACUCAAACAUGGCUUCUUUUUCUACUUGUGAUUCCAAAACCAUAUUUUUCUUCUUUGGCUUGACAGCAGCAUGCCUGUCACUUUGUUCGGUUGGUUCUGUGGCUGAGCUUCAACGUUUUCAGCACCCACCAAAAGCAGAUGGAUCUCUUAGCUUCUUGGUUGUUGGAGAUUGGGGAAGACGGGGACUCUACAACCAAUCUCAAGUUGCCCUCCAGAUGGGUCUAAUUGGAGAGACAGCAGACAUAGACUUUGUCAUCUCUACCGGUGAUAAUUUCUAUGAGGAUGGUUUAACAGGCGUGGAUGAUCCAGCAUUCAAUGAGUCAUUUUCCAACAUCUAUACUGCCCCUAGCCUAAAUAAGCAAUGGUACAAUGUCUUGGGCAACCAUGACUAUCGGGGUGAUGCUGAGGCACAACUGAGUCCCGUCCUCAGAAAAAUUGAUAGCAGAUGGCUUUGCUUAAGAUCAUUCAUUGUAAAUGCAGAAAUCGUAGACUUUUUCUUUGUGGACACAACCCCAUUUGUGGAUGAUUACUUUACAAAUCCAAAGAACCAUACCUAUGAUUGGAGGGGCGUCACUCCUCGGGAGGAUUAUCUUUCCAAUCUCUUGAAGGAUGUGGAUUCAGCACUAAAAGAUUCGAGUGCAAAAUGGAAAAUUGUAGUGGGUCACCAUACAAUUAAAAGUGCAGGACAUCAUGGUGUCACCCAAGAGCUUGUAACCCAACUUCUCCCAAUCCUCAAGGCAAAUAAUAUCGAUUUUUAUGUGAAUGGACAUGACCAUUGCUUGGAGCACAUCUCUGAUACUCACAGUGAAAUUAAUUUCUUCACAAGUGGAGGUGGCUCCAAGGCAUGGAGAGGUGAUAUAAAGCGGUGGAGUCCAGAGGAACUCAAGUUGUAUUACGACGGCCAAGGUUUCAUGUCAAUCCAAAUGACCAUAGCCUCUGCUGAUAUAGCAUUCUACGAUGUCUUUGGCAAUGUUUUGCAUAAAUGUAGCCUCUCCAAAUACCUUCGCUCAGCCACGGACAGAACUUUCUCCUAAGCUUAAAAUACUCACUCAUUCUAAUUAUUUACUGUAAGCUCAUUACCAUAAAUAAUAAAUAAUAAGGCAUCGUCAAAUUAUCUUUUA